AUCCAAGAUGUCUAGUCCCCUGGAGCAGGCGCUGGAGGUGUUGGUCUCUACCUUCCACAAGUAUUCCAGCAAAGAGGGUGACAAGUUCAAGCUGAACAAGGCAGAAAUGAAGGAACUUCUACAAAAGGAGCUGCCCAGCUUUGUGGGGGAGAAAGUGGAUGAGGAGGGACUGAAGAAGCUGAUGGGCAACCUCGAUGAGAACAGUGACCAGCAGGUGGACUUCCAGGAGUACGCUAUUUUUCUGGCCCUUGUCACUAUGAUGUGCAAUGACUUCUUCCAGAGUUCCUCAGACCAGUCCUGAAAUAGAGCUCUUGACUUCCUGCCACAAAUCUCCUGGGCCCAGGAGGGCUCUCCAUCCUUUUACAUUUUAUACUCAAUAAACUAUUUUUGUUUGUGGA